AUGUCAUUUGCAUCGCAGCUGCCGUCGCACUGCUGGAAUCUCACCACUGCUGCUCUCCGAUCCAACGGCUCUCAGCUGCCCGUGCCCUUCAACACCUGGUCCUCCUUCUCCUCCUUGCCCGCUGCUCCCACUGCCACCGCUACUGCCCCUGCCCUUUCAACCGCCUCUUCUCCUACAACUUCCCCUGCCUCCGCUCCUGCUUCCUCCCCUCCUGCUGCUUCUGCUGUUGACACCACUCACAUUCUCAACUUUGUCUCCUCUCCCUCCUACACUCUCUUCUUCUCCUACUUCGAUCAGACCCUCUCCUUCCCCCACCUCCCCCCCUGCUUCCAGGCUGUCAUGCCUCCCCCUUCCUCCCUCCCAAACCCUUCCCCUUCCCCUCCCCCUCGCCCACCCCCCCCCACCCCCUCCUCCUUCCCCUCCCCCACGCCCUCCCCCUCGCCCUCCUUCCCCCCCUCCCAAGACUUCAACCACUGGUAA